GUUUUUAAGCAGGCGUCUCGCGCGUGAGGUCAUAUGACAGGAAGUUGGUGAGCGAUCGCUUCCGGGGCACAGCAGGGGUCAUUAUGGCGGCGCUGAAGCAGCUCAUACGGAUAGGACAGGUGCGGAGAUGUCUGUCCCGGGGGGCUCCUCCUCCGCUCGUCAGGUCCGUGUCCUCCGCGUCCCCCGUGCUGCAGGCUCUGCACAGCCAGGGGGAGCCGGUGAGGUCAGAGGGCGCCUUCCAUGUCACCAUGAUCCCGGGGGACGGAGUGGGGCCCGAGCUAAUGCACUCGGUGAAGGAGGUCUUCAAGGCGGCUGAUGUCCCGGUGGAGUUUGAUGAGCAUCACCUGAGCGAGGUGCAGAACAUGGCGUCUGCCGAAAAGCUGGAGGAGGUGCUGGCGUCAAUGCAGGCAAACAGAGUCGCCAUUAAGGGGAAGAUCCACACCCCUAUGGAGUAUAAGGGGGAGCUGGCGUCCUAUGAGAUGAGGCUGAGGAGGAAGCUGGAUCUCUUUGCCAAUGUGGUUCAUGUGAAAAGUCUCCCCGGGUACAAGACGCGGCACAACAACCUGGACCUGGUGAUCAUCCGGGAGCAGACAGAGGGCGAAUACAGCUCCCUGGAGCACGAGAGUGCCAGCGGCGUCAUCGAGUGUCUGAAGAUCAUCACCCGCGUGAAGUCCAACAGGAUCGCCAAGUUCGCCUUCGAUUAUGCCACGAAGAAAGGUCGUUCCAAGGUCACAGCUGUGCACAAGGCCAAUAUCAUGAAGUUGGGGGACGGCCUGUUCCUACAAUGCUGUAAGGAGGUGGCAGAAUUAUAUCCCAAAAUCCAGUUUGAUACCAUGAUCAUCGACAACUGCUGCAUGCAGCUUGUACAGAACCCUUACCAGUUUGACGUGUUGGUGAUGCCCAACUUGUAUGGUAACAUCAUUGAUAACCUGGCGGCGGGGUUGGUCGGCGGAGCGGGCGUGGUGCCAGGGGAGAGUUACAGCGCUGAGUAUGCCGUGUUUGAGACGGGCGCCCGCCAUCCCUUUGCCCAGGCUGUGGGCAGAAACAUUGCCAACCCGACAGCAAUGCUGUUGACCGCCACCAACAUGCUGCGGCACCUGAACCUCGAGUAUCAUUCCAAUCUGAUCUCUGAUGCCGUGAAGAAGGUGAUAAAGCAAGGAAAGGUGCGAACAACAGAUAUGGGAGGAUACGCCACGUCCCUGGACUACACACAGGCUGUGAUCGCCAACCUCAACUCCUAGAGCGCCCCCUGCUGCUUUAUGACCCCUCACCGAGGAAUCGCAUCCCUUCACUAUAUUCCUAUUUGUGCGUAUUUAUGUGUGUGCUCCAGAUUAGUGACCUCAUUGUGCACCGCUCGCUUACAUGACUGAGGAUCACGGCUACUGGGCAACCUUGUUUUUAUCAUCAGGCAUCUAUCCAGUGAGUUACUGCUAUGGGCACUGGAUGUGCAGAAUGUACUGUAGGUACCACCAGGGGCAGGGAAUGUACCACUAUGGGCAAGGGGUGUGCAGAAUGUACUGUAGGUACCACUAGGGGCACUUCAUUCAUAGUUUAAUGCACUAAAGGUCCUGCUGUGGGUUCAAGAUUCUUAAAAGGGUACUCCGGCCCUGAGACAUCUUA